UCUCCUAGUUUAAAAAUAAAAAAUGUUCUUGUCCAUUUGGAAGAAAAACGUGCUUACAACACAAGAACAACCCAGUGUUCCUUUAGACAUUUGCUUACAAAAGUUUAUAUAAACUUAACUCUACUACAAUUGGAACCAACACAACACUCAAAAUAAAUAACAACUGAAGAAAAUGUCUGGAGAGAACACUGUGAAUCCAGCUUCAGAUUCAGGUCCGAGUAACACUGGCACUAGCACGGAGGUGGACGAGCAACUAGCCAAGCGCCUGCAGGAUUUGCACCUCCCCGUCGCCAGCGUGACGAGAAUCAUGCGCCGAAAUCUUCCGCAACACGCAAAAGUCACCAUGGCCACGAAAGAGACAGUCCAAAAAUUAGUGACCCGUUUUAUCAACCACAUCACUAAAAAAGCUAACAAACGCUGCCAAAGGGAGCAAAGGAAGACUGUGACAGCUGAGGAUCUUCUUUGGGCCAUGAACGAACUGGGGUUGACUAACUAUGUUGAUCCUCUCACCUUGUACCUCUACAAGUAUCGUGAACAGGAGGAAGCUGAUAGUUCUUUGAACUCACACAGGUCCAAUAUUGUGAAGCCCAAUUUUGAACUUGCGCUUGCACCACCUACUGCGCCAGCCCAAAUUUUACCAAUAAAUUUUGCGCCGACACCAGAGUAUUCGUACCCCCAUUAUCCUCCUAAUGGGUUGUUCUUUGAUCUUGCUGCACCAGCCAUGAUGACUGGCAACAUGACUUUCAGGAAUAGAAGGCUGACAAAUGAUGACGGUCCUGCUGAGUCAUCCAAUUCAAGUUCUACUAACUAUGGUUUGCAUGGGGUUAAAGAUCCAUAUGAACAAUGGAAAUGAUGAUGAGUACAAGAAGAUGACGUAGCAUGUAAUAUCCCAGGAAUAAUGCUUUGUGACUGUAUCUUUUAAUUUCUUAUUUUCUUUUCAAGUUUGUGUGCUUUUUCCUUGUUAAGAACUCUAUGUUGUGUAGUGUGUACUAAUAAGCUACCUGUAUAAUAAAUUAGUUGGGAGACCAAAGACUUUAACGGAAAUAUUAUUUAUAUUUUGUGGCAUAUGUACUUUGCAAACUUAACCAGCAAUAAAAAAGAUG